AUGCUUUCGGAUCAACAGCGAGGAGAUGUCCUCGAAGCGACCAUUACGCGAAUCAAGGCUUUACGCUCUAAACACAGUUUUUUAUCACAGUUGUGCUUGUCGCCACUGAGAUUUAUCGCUAUUUCUGCCACUGUUCCUAACGUCAGUGACGUUGUUGCUUGGCUUGACAGCUCAAACGGAAUAGGCGUGACGAUUUCCCAAGAUUUGCGACCUGUCAAGCUUGAAAAGAUCGUUUUGGGUUAUGACCCUAACCCAUCAGCUCGAGCUUCGGAGUACCGUUUCGACAUUCAACUGUCCUAUAAAGUGGAGGCCAUCAUUCGUGCUCACUCGGACUCCAAACCUGUAAUUGUGUUCUCUUCAACUCGAAAAUCUGUUGAGUUUACAGCCAAAAUUUUGGCGGCUUCAAAUGAAACCUACUUUUUCAGCGACAGCCAUCGUGAUGAGUACUUCAACGAAGUUUCUAAGCUCAUUAAUGCUAAUUUUGAUAUUUCAAGUGGUUUCAUUUACGACAACGAAAAUUAUUUUAAAAACGUUGAUCUGAAGACGUGUUUGGCCUCUGGUGUUGGCUUCUACCACUCGGGCAUGGAUCUUGCCGAGCGUCGUUUGCUGGAAAAGUUGUUUGCCAAGUCGCUCAUUCCAGUUUUGGUUUCAACUUCGUCAUUGGCAAUGGGAGUCAAUUUGCCCGCUCAUAUGGUCAUUAUCAAGAAUACUGUGCAGUACUUGGCUGGAAAGACAAUUGAGUACGAUUCUGCUCAAGUUUUGCAAAUGAUUGGUCGUGCUGGACGCCCUCAGUUUGACGUCACUGCAAAAGCAGUCAUAAUGACGGAGACAAGCAAAAAGAACUUCUACGACACGCUUCUGAACUCUGAUAAAGCAAUUGAAAGUGUCUUGCCGUUAACCUUAAUUGAGCAACUAAUGAUAGAAAUUGUUCUCCGCACUGUGNCUGGAUCUGCUCUACAUUCAU